GAGGAGCGCGGCGGCGGCCGGGCGCUGGGAGCUGCCUUCCUGUGCGGGGCGGCCGCGGGCUGGAGGCGCUGAGCGGAGCCCCGGGCCGCGUCCCCUCAGCGCGCUGUUCGCCCCCCGCGCUGCCCUCUCCCAUGGCGGAGACUAAAAUCAUCUACCACAUCGACGAAGAGGAAACCCCGUACCUGGUGAAGCUGCCCGUCCCUCCGGAAAAAGUCACUUUGGCUGAUUUUAAAAAUGUCCUCAGCAACCGACCCGUGCACAGCUACAAAUUCUUCUUCAAAUCCAUGGACCAGGAUUUCGGGGUGGUGAAGGAGGAGAUCUCAGAUGACAACGCAAAGCUGCCUUGCUUCAAUGGAAGAGUGGUGUCCUGGCUGGUCCUGGCUGAAAGCUCCCACUCUGACACAGGCUCACAGUGCACCGAGAGCCACGCAGACCUUCCGCCUCCCAUUGAGAGGACAGGUGGCAUUGGAGACUCCCGGCCUCCGUCGUUCCACCCAAAUGCUGCCAGCAGUCGGGAUGGACUGGACAACGAAACAGGAACAGAGUCGGUUAUUAGCCACCGUCGAGACAGACAUCGACGGAGGAAUAGAGAAGGGCACGAGGAUGUCCCUCGGAUCAAUGGCCAUCCCAAACUGGACAGACAUCGUGAGCACCCUCCUGGUUACGACAGCUCUUCUACCAUGAUGAGUAGCGAGCUGGAAUCCAGCAGCUUCAUCGACUCGGAUGAUGAUGACAACACCAGCAGGUUGAGCAGCUCCACUGAGCAAAGUACUUCAUCACGGCUCAUACGGAAGCAUAAGCGCAGGAGGAGGAAACAAAGGAUGAGGCAGAUUGACAGGUCAUCCUCGUUCAGCAGCAUCACUGAUUCCACCAUGUCCCUAAAUAUCAUCACUGUCACACUCAACAUGGAAAAGUAUAACUUCCUGGGAAUCAGCAUUGUGGGACAGAGCAAUGACCGGGGUGAUGGUGGCAUAUACAUUGGCUCUAUUAUGAAAGGAGGGGCUGUGGCAGCAGAUGGUCGAAUUGAACCAGGAGACAUGCUUCUGCAGGUGAAUGACGUCAAUUUUGAGAACAUGAGCAAUGAUGAUGCAGUACGGGUUCUACGGGAAAUAGUCUCCAAGCCAGGACCUAUUAGCCUAACGGUAGCCAAAUGCUGGGACCCCACUCCCAGGAGUUAUUUCACCAUCCCCAGGGCUGAACCAGUGAGGCCAAUUGACCCUGCAGCGUGGAUCUCUCAUACCACAGCCAUGACGGGAGCGUACCCCCGUUACGGUAUGAGCCCCUCCAUGAGCAUCACCACAUCUACCAGCUCCUCACUAACAAGCUCAAUUCCCGAGUCGGAAAAAUUAGAAGAAUCUCCCUUAACUGUGAAGAGCGACAUGGCUACUAUUGUCAAGGUCAUGCAGCUGCCAGACUCAGGCCUUGAAAUCCGGGACAGGAUGUGGUUAAAGAUUACCAUCUCCAAUGCAGUAAUAGGGGCAGAUGUCGUUGACUGGCUUUACACACACGUGGAAGGCUUCAAAGACCGACGGGAGGCUAGGAAGUAUGCCAGCAGCAUGUUAAAACACGGCUACCUCAGGCACACUGUGAACAAAAUCACCUUCUCAGAGCAGUGCUAUUAUGUCUUUGGAGACCUCUGUGGCAAUAUGGCUGCACUGAACCUCAACAAUGGUUCUAGCGGAGCCUCCGAUCAAGAUACCCUUGCUCCACUUCCACAUCCUGCUGCUCCCUGGCCAUUAGGCCAAGGAUACCCCUAUCAGUAUCCUCUGCCCCCUCCAUGUUUUCCACCAGCAUACCAAGACCCAGGCUUUAGCUAUGGUAGUGGCAGCGCAGGGAGCCAGCAAAGCGAAGGAAGCAAAAGCAGCGGCUCGAACCGAAGCAACAGCGAGAACAGCAGGAGGGCUCUGGGCAGAGAGAAGGACCGCAAGUCGGCGGGCAGUGGCAGCGAGUCUGACCACACUGCCUGCAGCGGUGGCACCGGCACGGCGCGGCGGGAGAGGCCCGUCAGCCAGCUCAGCCACCGCAGCCACGUCUCUGCCACCCACAGCGAGAGGAGCCACCACAGCCAUCAUUCUUACGGGCCUCCGGGUGUCCCACCCCUCUACAACCUCCCCAAGCUGGGCUCGAAAGUCUACGGGACUACGAGCGGACCCCCUGGAGGGCCCCCGGUGAGAGAACUGAGCUCUGUUCCUCCAGAGCUGACGGGGAGCCGGCAGUCCUUCCAGAAGGCCAUGGGCAACCCUUGUGAAUUCUUUGUCGACAUCAUGUGAGAGGAAGUGCCUUCAGACUCUGCUUUGGGGAGGGCCGGGGCGGAUCGUUUUGGGGCCGGGUGGGAAAUGCGGUCGUUGUCAGACCCUUAAGGGAAGAAACUUGUGCAACUUGUCUUUGUUUUUGCAUGUCACGCCUUCCCGGUUUGCAAUGGUGUGUUGCAGAAAAACCAACGGAACAAAACCACGCAAAAAACCCACAAAGCAAACACAAAACCCCCCACCAACGCCUGGGAUUGUUAAAUAUCAGCAAGUCGAUGGCGUCUCCUCUUUAUCCUCCCGUUUUUUCUUUCUCCCCCUCUUGUUUUUGAUUGUGGUUGGCUGGUGUAUAUUCACAUCUUAAUGAGCUUUGGUAAUCGUGGCACCUACUUUCAGUGCAAUUCGUGUAUCUUUUGGGGCUGAUUCGGGGACUUCUUAUUUCCCGUGACUUCUGAAUUUCCAGUAAUGCAUAACGGCACUUUUAUUUUCCUGUGCUUUUUCUCCUGCAAGGAAAAACAAAGAUUGUUGGCUGGUAUCUGUGAUACUGCCUCGUAAUGCUGGUGCUCGGAUGCAUCAGUCAGCACUAAGCAGAUGCAGCACCUGCGAGUACAGACAACGCGUGCUUGGAAAGGAGCAGGCACAGACCAGCACCCAGCAGAAAGCCAAGUUGUGACUGCCUUCUACUGCCUAGGGAGUGUCAAUCCAUCUUCCUUUUCCUUCAGACGUUCAUUAUUCUAUGAAGGAGAUGGUGGAAUCUUGCUGCUGUAUGUGCUCCUUGUGCAGAACUUCAUUCAGUUUCAUGGUAGGGAAUUUGUAGCUGCAGGCGUUUCGGUCCCCUCGCUGCUGACAGAUGUCUGUCUCUUUCUGGCUAUGAUUUGCACUUGCUUGCUAGUUUUAAAAGUUGUCUCCACAGAGAUAGAAUGAUUGCUGCAGCGUGGUUCUGUUAGCAUAGCUGCAGCUUUUCCCUCUGGAAGGGACAUAUUCCCCAUUCAGGAAGAGAUGGAGAGAAAUCCUGGCUCCCACUGGGACGUGGCGUUUCGUUCUGACCACCUCUCCUUCCGUUCUUCAUUGCUGAGCUGUAUCUUUCCCGUUUUUUCUCCCCAGCUUAACCUCUGCUUUGAAACAGAAACCUGGAGAUACCUAACCCCAAUUGCAGAGGACAGGAGAGUGUCCUGAACACCAAUGGUAGCUAGCUGUUAGCAGAGAGGUGAGAGCAGUCCGUAAGUGGUACAGUGAGUGAGUCCUUGUGCCUGACACCAAGCACAGCCUGUGCUAAAACUCCUGCUGGGAGCUUUCACUUAAGCAACUCUUUCCAGCAGGUUUUAGGACAGGGGCUUUAAAAUCAGUCUUUACUGUAUAUAAGCCUUUUCUUUACUGAUGAGAAGCUCCUUUUUGUUAUCUUCCAUGCUUUAUGGGUGGUGUGACUAUCCAUUAUGAGUGUCCAAAGUGAACAUGUCUUUCUCACUAAAUAUAUGCAGUUGGUGUUCCUUUGUCACCCUGGAAAACUGCUCCUCACACUCUCCAUUUUGCACGUUGUUCGUUCUGAUAGAUUUGUAUUACUUCUUAUGGCAGAUCUGUGUGUAAACAUCCAUCCUUUAUACGAAAGCCAAGUCCAGAUUUCAAACAUCUGUGUUAAGCAAAGAGUGAAGUCUCGCUUUCCAAAGGAAGCCAGGCUUUCAGGAAGCAAUCGCUCAGACCAGGAACCCAAAUCACAUUGGAACCAGCUGAGUGGUUUUGGACUGCUUCUUUCAGAAAACCUCCCCAAAGCCGUACAGCAUCUUUACAGUGGUGCCUUCUUCAUAACCCAUCUGCUGGGCUGCCCUUGGUGGCAGACUUGGUGAUGGCUCAUUGAGAAGGAUGGCACUUCCUAACGCUUGGCUGUGCAGCAGUGUCCUUUCUUCCCUUUCCUCCUCCCAUAAAUGCAGCGAAGGCACUAAUUUAUCCAAGUAAACCAUUUUGAGAGAUCGACAUUGAAAGCAAUGAGAUAAAUCAGGGUAAAAGAAAUGAAUACUUCUGUGUCUCCAGGAGAACACUGUUAAGGAGUCUGCGACUUGCCUGACAAUCACUGCUGGUUCUGCUUUUAAAUCGAGUCUAACUUUUCUGGGCACUCAUAUCCUAGGAUUUUUCUGGCCCACUUUGUCUAUAGGCAGAACGUGCAGGGCUGGAGGAAAAGACCGUCAUUUUAAUACUGCCAGAAUGGACAGAAACCGGGGGCUGAGCUUUCGCCGAUGGAAGGAUUGUAUUUAAUUUCCUCACGUCUUUUCAAGAGCUGCAGCUCACACACCUGCUGGGUUUUGGUUUUCUUUUCGUCUUGUUGUUGUGCUGUUGGCAGAAACUGUUCUGUGUCUUGCUGGUCUUUGCUGCGAUGUUGAAAUGACUGUGUUAUGUACUUCUGUGUCUGUGGGUCACUCUGGAACGAGGCUGGCAGUGCGUGCAGAGGUGUGGGACAGCAUUUCUCUGCUGAGGAACCCGGCCUGAAAGCUUCACCCGUGGAUCAGAACGGCUCUGAGUGCACUGAUGGGUUUGCUGGCCGGUUGGCAGCACAUAGAGCCUGCAGGAGCAGCUGGGGAAUGUCAAUGACCAUUUUGUCAACGGUGCAAUACAUAAUGACCACUGCAUGUGGAAACAAAGGCUUACAUUCCUCCCCCUAUAAUGUACAGCUGCUUGGAGAUAAGGGGAGGGUUGGCCCGAAACGUUGCUAGCUCUUGAUUUUCAGAAGUGAUUGAAGACAGAAGAUUUCCCAAACCCGUGGCUUUCAAUGCAUGUGCAUUUAUCUUUGCAGUAGAGGGGGCUGGGGCCUAACUGUGCAAGUUUCUCCUGUUGGGUACAGCACAACGCAGAGAAGGAAGUGCUGCUGAUGCCAAUGAAGCUACUUGUGACAGAGGUGCUGUGCCAGGUGGAGGAAAGCAUGAAGGCUGGAGUCCUGCAGAACUGUCUUUUAUCAGGGCACGAAAUUGAUAUUAAAGUCAAAUGCCUGGCACUGGCUGAGCUCUAGAAUGUAUGACCCACCCCCUCCAACUACAGGGAGAAGCGGUGGGUUUGCUGUACGGGGCACUGAAACAACCCCACAACAGGAGCCUUAAAUAGCUGACAUUUUUCUAACUCUGGAAUUGAGAUCUUCAUCGCCUGCCCGUGCCCUGCACCUGGGCUUAGCAUUCACACAUACCUGGCAGCAGCUUGGGACGAGGACUAAGAGGUAUGUUUGGAAGAUCAUAGGAAACUUUGAGAAACCAGUUCGGGAUGACGUCUCCUAUCCAAAGGAGGUAGAAUCUGGGGGGGGGGGGCAGUGAACCCACCCAAUGUAUUAACUCUGAGGAGUAAUGUUUUUUGGCAAAUAGUCUUAAAAGCACUGCUAUUGUCUUUUACCUCCUGUUAAUAAACUUACUUUUCAAAGGUAACAAGUCCCCUGGACACUUUAUCCAAAGGCAUAUUGGAUGGCGAGCAAUGAUGCACAGACGUUGACUUUUGAUAUAGUUUUUGUUCUAAGUGGGAAUCCCAUCCUGAGACUUGACAGCUCAUGAGUCGAUGUAAUUGUUUUUUUGUUUUGUUUUGCAUUUAACUGGAUUGUAAUAAGAUUGAUUUAAAAUUAUUAAUUCUAAUCAGUGAUUAGAAAUACCUGUAAAGAAUUUUAUGUACAGUAGAGGAACAAAGUUACAUGAUUUUAAAUAAUGAAAACCCAGAGUAUCACCUCUUCUAGAUUUGGUUCUACUCAAAGAGUGACCUCUUAAUGGCAUGGACUGCACUGUUCCUGUUAAAUGUCUAUUGCAUAAUGGAAUUCUUUUUUGUAGAUAUUGUAUUAAAACCCAAGUGUCUGUAUAGUUAAUAUAUAGCUGCUUAUGUGUAAAUGCUAUUUUAAACACUAAAAAGCUUUUAAUUUUAUGUGAUAA